AUGGUCGACCCACUCGCCGGCAACGAACAAGUGCAGAACCUGCGCAAGCUGUUCGCGGCGUCGGAAGUGCCCAACGACCCGAAAGCGUGGGACAAGGCGUGGGUUGAUGCUACGACUCCUUGGGAUGCGAACCGGGCACAGCCGGCACUGGUGGCGCUGAUCGCCGGCGCACACGAUGGGGAUGCGCUAGUAGAGGAUGGGACCGGGCAGAAGGUGCCCGUAUCACAGGCGAUCCCCAGCAGCGGAACGGCCGUUGUAGCAGGCUGCGGAAGGGGCUACGAUGCCAAGGUGUUUGCCGAGCGAGGCUUGAAGAGCUACGGCGUCGAUAUCAGCUCCAGUGCUGUCACAGCUGCGAACAAGUGGCUCGAGGAUCAGAACCUCUCUGCCGACCUCAAGAGCAAGAUCACCUUUGCCGAGGCAGACUUCUUCACCCUUGCCACUGCUCAAUCCGCCGUAUCAGCACUCGCUAAGCCAGGCGCAGCAAGCCUCGCAUACGACUACACGUUCCUGUGCGCCAUCCCGCCGAGUCUGCGGACGAGCUGGGCGGAGACGUACACCCGACUAGUCGGCACGGAUGGCGUGCUUAUCGCGCUGGUAUUUCCCAUCCACGGAGACCGACCGGGUGGCCCACCGUUCAGCAUCUCGCCUGAACUCGUCCGGGAGCUGCUGGGAGGGCAGAAAAAGGAGGAUGGAAAGGAAGCAUGGAAGGAGCUCGCUGAGCUGAAGCCCAAGGGCGAGGGCACGAGGCCAGAUGUCGAGCGCAUCAUGGUCUGGCGUCGCUUGUAG